AUGCCGCCGCCGCCGAGCGGUGGGCCGCAAAAGUAUCGCGGGGAGGCGCUGCCGGAGUGGGCCGACGGCCCGACGGCGUUGGCGGCGUCGAUGGACGUGCCGGGCAUGCCCGGAGUGCGAGCGGCGCCGACGCCGAUGAUGCCCUCGGGGCCGAUGCCGACGAAUCAACCCCGGCAGUUUCAGCAGCGCGAGCGGCAGCAAGGUCGUCGGCCGAGGGAACAACGACCGCGCGGACGUCCGCACUACAACGGCUUGUACAUGGCGAACGACGAAAUCGAAGGGAUUCUGCGCAUUCAGUGGAGCGCGACGCAUCCGCACGAUCGUCCAGCGUACGAACACGACUACUUCUACCAGUCGUGGUUGCGUAGGAACAAUCCGUCGAAGCUCAAAGAACCGUUUUGCCCGGAAAGUCUUCGCGAGCUCGCGUCGCACGAGAAGGAGGCGCGAGGACCGGUGACUUUCGUCCCGGGCUUGGCUGGGCUGGGCAAGGUGCCUUUCGGGAAUAUUCGCUCGCCUAAACCGCUGUUGGACGUGUCGUCGAGCAACGCGCCCAAGACGGACGGUGACGACGACGCGGGCGAGGAAGGGACACAGCGCAGGUUGGAACAAGAGCCGCUCUUGGCGGCGCGCAUCAUGAUCGAAGACUCCAUGUGCCUGUUGCUCGACGUGGACGACAUCGAUCGUCAGCUCGAAGAGGGUCGACCGAGUGAGAGCGACGAAGACUUGAAAAAGCGACGCAUGUUCUUGCUCGAUGGUCUAGUGAGUACACUGCGCCUGCCAUCUGUACCCGUGCUCGCCGUCGGCGGCGCGGAACACGAUGGGGUUUUCCAGCGCAUCGUCACCUUACCGAAAGGUCGCACCUUGCUCGCCUCUGCGCUACCGAGAUUUCCUCUCGGCUCCGCCGCGGCUGCGACGCUCGUUUGGGCGAUUUUGCGUAACGUCGGGAUGCUUCUCGGAGGCAAGAACGCGACGAACAACCCGAGCGCGGAGGCGCUCUUCCGCGCCGCCGCGGAUUCCGUGCAACUAAUGAACGCCGUCGCCGUCGAGGGCACCUUGGGCGCGGUUGCGACUGGUAUGAACAUCGCCGAUGCCAAACAACAGUUGGCACCGUUAGUGUCACGAAACUCGACGACCGGUGCCCUCGUCGCCGCGCUGUCGGCUGCUCUGGAACGUGCGCACUUGCUCGAAAUCUCGCCCUCAACGCACAAGGCGUUCGGCGCGGCGUUCGGCAUCGUGUUCAGUAUCUUCGAUCGACACGCGACGAAUGCCGCGCAACGAGGUGGCAGUGACAGUGCCCUCCCUCGUGACUUACUUCGGGCGUUGAUGCAUCACUGCAACGACGCUCAGAAGCAGCGAUUGAAGAGCCACAUCUCGGCGCUCGGCUGA